CAAGCCUUAACUUUACCCUCGAUUCCUCAAUUUUUUCUUCUCUCUCCUCAAUUACACAAUCACCCAACUCCCAUUUUUCGUCUCUCUCCUCAAUUUCACAAUCUUCCACCACAAUUUGGGAACCCAGAGCUCACUCACUGCAUCUAAUUCUUGAUUUUAGGGCUCAACAAAACCCUAAAGUUUUGAUCUUUGUUAACUCUUCAGAUGUUGCAGUGGCUCUGAUCGAUCAAAACAACUUUGGAGUUUCUUAAAUAUGGAUUCAAAGUCUAUCAGCAAAACCGUUAGUAACAAACCACCGGGAGAAAAUGUUAGCAAUUUAGAGCCUACAACUCCCACAAAGUUCACCGAAAAGAAGCCCGAAUUAGAGCCCAAAAAGUGUCAACAAAAUGAAGAAAAAUGUUUAUCGGGUCAAAAAGAAGCGUCAACUAACAAUAACGGAAGCGCAAAAACCGGUGAAAAAACCGAUCUUGUUGAAAGUGGUAAAAGUAGUAUGUGUAGGGGAAGUACAAGUACCGACGUUAGCGACGAAAGUAGUUGCAGUAGUUUAAGUAGUAACAUGAAUAAACCGCAUAAGUCAAACGAUUCAAGAUGGGAAGCGAUCCAAGCCGUUAGAUCGAAAGACGGGGUUUUAGGUUUGAGCCAUUUUAAGCUGUUGAAACGGUUAGGUUGUGGUGAUAUCGGGAGCGUGUAUCUUUCUGAACUUAGCGGUACUAAAUCUUAUUUUGCAAUGAAAGUUAUGGAUAAAGUGUCACUAGAAAGCCGUAAGAAACUGUUACGCGCGCAAACCGAAAGGGAGAUUUUACAAUCGUUGGAUCACCCGUUUCUUCCUACGUUGUAUACGCAUUUUGAGACCGAUAAAUUCUCCUGUUUGGUUAUGGAGUUCUGCCCUGGUGGUGAUUUACAUACUCUUAGACAACGGCAGCCCGGUAAACGGUUUUGUGAACAAGCUGUAAAGUUUUAUGUUGCAGAAAUACUCCUUGCAAUGGAAUACCUCCACAUGCUCGGGAUCAUAUACCGCGACCUAAAACCCGAAAACGUUUUAGUUCGAGAAGACGGUCACAUAAUGCUCUCCGACUUUGACCUUUCGCUUCGUUGUUCUGUAAGCCCGACGCUUAUCAAAUCCGCAUCUCUAGACACCGAUCCUCUCAGAAAGAAUUCGGCAUUUUUCGCUCAACCCGCAUGCAUGGAGCCCACGUCUUGUAUCCAACCGUCGUGUGUGGUCCCCACAUCAUGUUUCUCUCCUAGACUCUUCAUGAGUAAAUCCAAAAAAGAAUCAAAAUCAAAUUCAAAACAGAAAACAAAGCCCGAAAUUCGACACCAAGUCACUCCGUUACCAGAGCUCAUGGCGGAGCCCACCGGGGCCCGUUCGAUGUCGUUUGUCGGGACCCACGAGUAUUUAGCUCCCGAAAUCAUAAAAAAUGAAGGGCAUGGUAGCGCGGUUGAUUGGUGGACGUUGGGGAUCUUUCUGUACGAAUUAUUGUUCGGUAAAACGCCUUUUAAAGGAUCCGGUAACCGGGCCACUUUGAUGAACGUGGUGGGUCAACCGUUGCGGUUUCCUGAGUCACCGGUGGUUAGUUUUUCGGCCCGUGAUUUGAUUAGAGGGUUGUUAGUAAAAGAACCGCAAUACCGACUUGCUUAUAAAAGGGGAGCUACUGAGAUUAAACAACAUCCAUUCUUUGAAGGUGUUAAUUGGGCUUUGAUCCGAUGCGCUAGCCCGCCUGAGGUCCCGAGACCGGUGGAGUAUGAGCGGUUUUCGGCAUCGCCGCAGGUGAAUCCCGGAGAGAAAAAAGCUGUUGCGGCGGCCGGUGCUGCACCGGAGAAGAAGGGGCCUGAUAAUUAUCUUGAGUUUGAUUUCUUUUGAAUUUUAUCUUUUUUUUUAUGAUUCUUGAUUUUAUUUUAUUUUUUGCUUUAAUAUUUGAUGGAAGUUCUUUGGAGCUCCGAAAGCCCUAUUGUUGUCGUAUAGUAUUCGGGUCAUGUGAAGAACAUUUGCAAAAAUAUGUUGUAUUGAAAAAGAAAAUACUUUUGUGCAACUUUUUUCAACA